CCUUUGUUCUUACUUUAAUGUUUUUCGAAGGAAAGCGAGAGAGGCCGAGGGGGAAGCGACCGCUCGUGGUUUGGCUCAGCUCGCUACAAUUUCCUCUUGCACUCCAAAGCUGCACUUAGCGGAGUAGCUCGCUGCGCGCGCACUCGAACGGACGCGCUUGCCGCAACUUCAACCACCCUGAUUCUGCGCCUCACUCGGAGGGGAUAUGAGAGGCGUCGUAUCAUUUCUCGGGAUUCUUUUGCUGCUCGCCAGCCAGGCGGAAGCAGGUCCUGAUCCUGGUGUGGUACCCAGAGCAGUUAGGGAAAAUGUCUGCCAGAAGCACAAUACCCUCCACCACAGACUAGACGUCAUUGAGAAGCGUGUUGAGGAUGCAGUGGGUAAGCUUGAAAGUGAAGUGUCCAUUCUUCUUGAUGCAAUUGAAGCUCCAGAAUGGAGUCCCUUGCUGACAACUGGAGGACCAGCUAUAGACAUUUAUGACAACAUGGAUUCUGCCUAAGGAAGAAUGGGAAGGAAAUUCUUGAGAAGACAUAUCAUAAAUUCCUUGCUCCCAGACAAAGUAUACAUUGGAGACAGCUUGCUGGUGCCACUGAAAACACCCGUUCUUUUUGCAGACAUGCAUGCAUACUUACUGUGCUAAUGAGUAUCCUGCUGUGUUGCCUCUGUUGCCUUCCUCUGUAAUAGUUUCCAGAAUCUUUUUGUAACUCAAUAUCAUUAAUACUAUAGCCAGAAGAAAAUGAACUAAAUAUAUUUUCAGUAUUUUGCCAGUCAAGCUUAUAGUGGUUCAGGUUCCACUAGUUAAUGUCAGCCUUAAAAUAACUGUAUUAGAUGUAAUUCUGAUUUUUGUUUAGUAUACUAAUGCAAAAUAUUUGCCUCAAGGAGUUGUGAAACAUUUUCCAUUCCCAUUUCAAUGGUAAUGUCUAAAGCAGAAAAGCUGUUGCCAAUGCCUGAAGCCAGUGUGUAAAAAACAAUCAGUAUAUGUUUCAAGGAAUGAUGUUUCAAAUGAUGAUGAUGUAAUGAAACAUACUGUAUAUACCAAAUAAUUGAGCACUUAGAUCCACUUCAGUUAGGAUCUAAAGGGUCUUUAUGGUUGUCAGCAAAGUGUUAUUGGUAUGAAAUAAGUUACAAAGUUAAUCUGGCUAGUGUUUAACACAUAGCCUGAAUCACCCUAUUCAUUAUUCAUACUUAUAUUUUAUCAAUAGGGUUUAAAAGGACAAUGUGUACAGAUUGGUCACUGACCCAGAGCAGGAUGUAAGUCUGUAUCAAACUUCAGUUAAUUAUAUUAAGGUAGCUUACUUUACAAUGAAAUUUUAUGAGGGUUUAUCCAGUAACACAGUCCAAUAAUCCCAAUAUUCAAUAAUGACAAAACUUAGUAUAGAAACCACACAUUAAAAAAGAAAAUUUCAUUCAAAACAUCUAUUAGAAGAAACCAGGGACAGAAAACUGUUACUCCAUAUGACAUGUUAAAAUGACAAAAAAGCACAAGUUAAUGGUGUGACUUAACAUUUUACAGUGCAUUAGUGCCUGUCAUUAUUUACUCAGUAUUUUCUUUCAUAAUGUAUCCAAAAUUUUUUACAUGUAUUGCGUCAAUGGAAUAGUGACAUAUAAUUAUUAAGUAACUACUUGAAUAACUACAUUGUUGUUAGUCUUUAUAAACUUACUGUAUAUUUGGGAUAACAAUAGGCACCUCCAUGUGCCAACAUGACAUGGACAUAAAUGUACCAGAUGAGUAGAAUAUAAAAACAACGGCUUUUCUUUAUUAAAAUAUUAUGCUGAUGUUUAUUCUUUAUUCAAAUAGUAAACUGAUGUCCACACAUGACAAAGCAUGCAAAACAACUUAAAAAAAUCCUCUCUAAAAGUGAAGUUAUAUUCUUUCAUGACACCAUGCCACCCACUCACCACUCACUUGCCCCCUUUUUUUAGUUGCUUCAUUGGUGCUACCAUCUAAUCUAAAUUUAGUCAUUUUUGAAGGGUACGACCUUUUAAACAACCUUUAAAGUUCACUUUGCAUCAGUACCUGAGUCUCAUCCAAGAUCGGUACUAGUCCAUGAAUUACUAAUGUCACUAGGUCAAUGUACCCACCAUUGUACCCUGAUGAUGUUGCCCCUGAUCCUCAAACGCAUAUAAUGGGGCAAGCACCUAAGGCUACUUCUCAGCUUCCUUGUUUUUCCAGCAACCAACAGGAUCUGUUUCUGCUCCUGAGGCUCCUUGAAGCCUAAACAUGGGGCUUUUUCUUGUUAUUCUGUUCAGUUGAGGUUUGAAUUAUACACAGAUUGCUCUCACUCAUAAACGUAGGGUCAUUACUUCUAUAUCUCAAUUGUUUUUUUUCUUUCACUGUUAACUGUUGCAGAACAGAAAACUAUUAAAGAUUGCAUAACAUAAUAUUCUCAGUCCCACUUAAUCCAGUUUAGGGUUAUGGGGAGCUAGAGUCCAUCCUGGCAGCACUGGGUGCAAAUCAGGAAACAACUCUGGUCAUUUCUGGGUUCUACAGAACAAAAUUGUUAUGGAUACCUGAAACAUGUCAAAUAACCUUCAAAGUCAAAUAAAUCACAAACUAGGAGUGAAUAAAAAUCAAUUUUAUACAAUAAAAAA